GUCAUCUGGUGUGUUUUAAUAAGGGCCACGGUCAGUUGUUCAACCACCAUCAAGUCGUCAUCUGUGCCGCAUACAUAAAGCGCUCGACGACGCAUACAGAUAUUUUUAGGCCGCGGCUGUCAGUAUACUGGUAUGCUCCCGCAGUGCGGAGUCACACAGUGUUACACACAUGUAUCCUGAUGCGGACAUGAGUAUUGAUGUCAGUGUGCCGAUAUGUCAAAGCUGGAACGGUCAUUGAAGUCAACUGGCCCGUAUUGUGGAAACGGGCAGUGAAUUCAUAACACUGGAAGUAACAUGUGUUCUGUCGUCCUACGUGUAUGCUUCGUGUUUCAAGUACUAACUGGUUGAUUGAGGUGUUUGUGUGCUUGGCCUUUGUGGGUGGUUUUUACAGCUUUGGUGUGUUUACUAUUUUGUCAGUUUGAUUUAGGGCCAACACUCUACCCGACGAAAUUAUGAGCAGAAGGAAUCGGGAGUACAAAGAUGUCGUGCAAAAACUUGUUGGUCGUCAGACCAAUGCUGCUCGCGGAUCACCUGACCAGCAGCGACGUCUCCAACAGCGACAGAUGCUGCAGCAGCUGCGCCAACACGUGUCGGAGACGCGCUACGAGACGGGAGAAGCCGUGUCGCACAUCCAGGAGGAGAUGUACAAGAUGGAAGCCCGCCUCAGCCAGUCUGGCAGCCUGGACAGCGACGAGGGUCUCGCGGUGCCAAUGUCUACAGGGGACCACGCGGGCAUGUCGUCACCCAACCACGCGUCGUCGGCUGCGCAUUCCCUACCGGAGAAAUAUCAGAGCGAAACACUCCGCGCCAUGCAGGAUUUGAUCGUGAAGCGAAGACGGAGUGAGCAAGGGGAGUACGACCCGCACGAAGCUGAUGGGCACGGAGCCGGGCACGGAGCCAUGAAAAUGGACAAACAGUCGGCCCACGGUGUCAAAGACAAUCACAUGAUCUGAAGUCAAAGGUUGCAUGGUGAAACCGAGUAUCCUCAAUUUGCUUGUGUAUAUAUGCUGACAAAUUACAAGGUCACUUUUAUAAAGUGAUCUGACUUUAUUUUCAUUUAGCCUUAUUUUCCUAGGUUUUGGGGAACUUUGUGGUACACUCGAAAUUUUUGUCGGUAUUUUGGUAUUGAAUUUUAAUGGUUUGCAAAGUGAAAUAUUACCAACUCUGCUGGCCAUAAAUUGUGCAUAGAAUGUUGAAAUUCCUUUUUAUUUUAACAGCACAGUGCACAGAGACUAUGUAGAUCUUAAGGAGUCCAUAUUACAAAUAAAGGAAACCUUUCACACAAUUGUCAUUGAUCCCAAGUUGGGUGCAUACAUGUAACAAUUAACUAAUCAAUUGAUGUUUCAGCUCAGUGAAUACUAAUACAUUGUGUACAUGUACAUGUAUGUGUGCACAAUAUUUUUUAAAAAGUGUGUACAGGACACCCUAUAUCAGUCCUGCGACUGAAAAAUUGACGUCUGAUCCUCUUACAUGAAGUUAAUACCUGUAGUUGUCGAUGAAGUGCCAGCAACUCGUCGCCGAAAGGAUGCUAGCGCAUCACUUAGCCCAAAUUGAACUUUGACAUGGUCGCUGACCUCACUUUUAGUCAAUGAACCAACUGGUUUGCUAGUCUGAGUAUCACCCGUUGUUCAACAGGGCCUGCAACAACGUCUGAUGUACACAAUCACCAUAAUAGGCCAAAUAAUUUUUAUUGCAGUUAACGUGUAAGUUACGGGUACGUGGUGUCCACUUUCCACUUUUGCUUUCUUCUGCAAGUAUCAAACAAGGCAAUUAUAGGCUUCUUGUUGUCUUGUCAAGGUAUCCAUUUCUUAUUAAAAUCAAGUUGCGGAGACAAAAAGCUUGAGAAGAAGUAGAUUUAUUCACUAAUAAGUGGACACCGUAACUAAUACCUUGAUAAGACUACAAGAAGAAUAGCAACUGCCCCCAAAAAGGAUUAUCAACAAGGGACCAUCAGCAUCGGACGUGCGCCAUUAAACCGGCCUUUACUGAUCCCACGAUCCGAAACAUUGUCCAAGAUAUCGUGGAUACCCCCGUGAUGUGUGAAACACAGUGCUGUAGUACUCGUACUCGGUACUCGUACUAGAGUACUACUCAAGUACUUUUUUUGAGUACUCGUACUCGUACUCGAAUAGCAGUACUUGAAAAAGAAUGGUAUAGCUUGACUUACCACUGCCUUAUUUUAUUAUCGAUACUUUCAGUUGGAAAUUAUUGACUGGCCUGCAGAGAAAUCAAAGUUUGCUGAAUUUUCUCUGUGCACGUCUAGACAAACACAUUUAACAGCUAGCCGUGAGUGGGUCUGUAUAUCGGUCUGACUGUGCCUGGGCCAAAUACGCACAAUGAACUAUUUGCGAUAUGGCUGUAUUUGGAAAUAGAAGUACUCGUACUCGUACUCAGAAGUACAAGUACUUGUACUCGGAGACCUGAACUUGUAAGUACUUGGUACUCGGAAAAAAGUACUCGACUACAACACUGGUGAAACAUAAUGACCUGCGAUAUUAAGGGUAUGGAAGUCAGCUGAACUUGUAUCUAACAAAGCACCAAAAUUGAAAUAUUUAUCCCUUCUCUUAGAGUCGUAUUGAAAUAUAUCUGUCAUCACGACUUGUACUUUUACUGAAAUGUUCUUUUCAAGAAUGAAAAAUGUUUUCAGAAUUUAAAUUGAUUAUUUUAUUUAUUUUCAAAGGGUCAAAAGAAGAAGCCUUAAAACAAUUGAAUUGUUUACUAUUUAUUUUUAAUAUUUUGUUUCGAUCAUUCACAGGGUUAAUGAAAUGUAAAGUUAUCGUAUACAGUGGACAAGUAUUUUAACAUAUUACUAUGUAUAUAUCAAAAUGUAUUUAUCAAGACUAUUUGUUUAUAUGCACACACAGUACUACUUUGUUUAAAAAAUAUUAUAAAAAGGAGAUGGGCCAGCUAUCCUUAGUCUCUUGACUCAUAAUGUAAAAAUAUUUAUUGGAUAUAAUAUGAGAAUAUUUAAUAUUUUGGUACACCAUACACUUUUUAAGAUAUAAAUGUAAAAUUAGAUUCCCUAUGGAAGGUUAUGUGCAGCUUGAAGAGAUAUAGAUACCGGUAUGUACAAUUUAGCAUUUUGGAGUAGUAAUUCUAGUUAACAUUCGGAUGCCUUUUCAAAUUACAUAGCUCAAAACUAUUUAUAAAAUGAAUUUACAUCACCCCGACGCAGAUCCUAUCUAUGAAUACAAUGCAGUUUGGUUGUAGUACCCGCUGCUAUAUCAGAUUCGAACCAGCCAACCGAUCCCGCAAGCGCGGUGGUCGAGUGGUAAGACGUCUGCACUAGAAAGCAGGAGGUCGUGGGUUCGAGUCCCACCCAAGUGAUUUUUUCCUACAAUCACUUGGGACAACACUGAGGAUACAGUAUUUAUAAAAAAAAACCCAAUUAUGUCGGUAUAGAGCAAAACCCAGUAUCGAGGAAAGUAGAAAGCCUAUAUGUUUUGCAAAUGAUUUUUUUUUUGGAAAACAAAUUAAAAUAUGUGUUAACCACUUUCAUUUACAAAGUUUAUAUUUUUACUUUGGGAAUUUAACAAAUCUUGCAACUUAUUCCCAAAAGAAGAAGCUACAAUUGCUAUAAAUGUUGAUGUAUUUAUGUAUUAUUUGUUUUAGGGGGCUUGGGAGAAAAGGAGAAAAAAAAUAUAUAUCAAGCAGACUUGCAGCUCUAGUUUCUGAAGCUUUGUCUCAUAGCAGCUUGCACUCAGUAGCGACUUUGUAAUUAAUUUGCAGUGAAACAUGCCAUGUAUACCUGUAGGCAAGGUAGGGAGAACAUUUUGAGCUAUGGUAUAAGUGCAUGCACGUCAUUUUCAAACUGGCCCAUGAGCAUGUCUAAGUACCGCAGUAAAGGUAGCUACUCUGGGCCAGUCUGCAUUAGAUAUUUCAGUUUUUGAUCAAUCAAUUGUACCAAGCUGUGACUGUAAAAACGAAUUGCAUUUUUUUUACAGCUGCAUAUUAAAGGUUAAAUAUAGAAGGUUAAA